AUGGCAACCUCUUUGGCUGCCCAGUUAUCGAAGAUAUCUGCCAAUUCGACAAACUCUUUAAACCUAAAGGCACAAAAGGCGGCCCAUUCGAAAUCCUUAAUAUUUGAGCCUCGAGUGGCUGCAUCGCAAAGUUUCGACACAAUUUACAUUCUGUGCCAUGAAGGGUUUCAGGAGCUAUGUCUCUUGGAUGGAAGAUUCCUGGAGUUCCAGAGAGACAUUUUCGGCGAGCAAAGCCAAACGGAGGAUAGAGUUCAGAUGACUGCUGCUGAGAAUUCAGAGCUCAAUAAACGGCUGGAAGCAUUUUUGGGGCUUGUGGGGGGCAGAUUAAGAUUGACCCCGGCAAUUAAAGCAGUGGAAUGGCUCUUAAGAAGAUUUCGUGUUCAUGAAUACAACACGUCGUUUUUACUAACAACCUUCCUUCCUUAUCAUACACUUCCGCUUUUCACCACAUUGCUCUCCAUACUACCAAACAAACUCCCACAGGAGUACGAAUUCCUCAACCCUUAUGUACGGUCUCUGAUGCCCCCGCCGAGGCGUACGAUUGUUCAAACCGCAACGAACAGCAACUCAUUUGCAUCGGCUCUCAACACUUAUGUCCUCCGGAUAUGCAAGUCCCGCCAGCACUAUCCAGCGCUGCUGGCAUUCUGGGCCGGGAUAAUGACGGAAGCAAUGGGGGGGAUGCUGGACAAAUCCCGGUCGGGCAGGAAAGGCGUACAGGAGCAGAAGGAACAUGAUGUUAUUUUGAGGCUGUUGCCAACGCUAAACGAGGGUCUGGCCAUGAAGAGCGUCCCAGAUCUUCGCAUCGGAUGUUACAUGUUGCUCUCUGUAAUGGCAUCCAAAGGAGGACUGGAUGAUAAGGUUUUAACUGCCAUGAUGGAAGCUGUUGUGCUGGGAUGGACCACUGAAACGAUAAUUCCCGGGCUUGUUUGUCUGUCGGUGUUAGCGCAGCAUCGAGGAGCAAAGCAGAUGACCAAACGACUUACGAAAGAGUUACUUAAGGUUGAAAAUCUGCCCUCUCUUCUCCUGCAACUUUCAAAUCAACGGCGACUAGACAAACUCGCCAAUGGUCUUUGUCUGUCCCUCGUGGAUCGAUUACGGAAUCAUGGCGAUUUGAGAGGGCUUCCUAUUGUUGAGAAAAUGAUCGAAAACGGAAUCUUGAGUGACCAACAAUCCAGUGUGAUUGUCAAGUCCUUGCUUUUAGUAGCACACCAAGUCGAUGAGAGUUCAGAUCAAAUCAACUUGCGUCAGCACCUUGCCUCCUCGUUAGUCACCCUUACACAACUGCCUGGUCAUGGGGGUGAUGUAGUCCGUGGCACAUUGAAAGAUACGGAGAUUGAUAUGGACGAAUUGGAAAUGAAAUUACAUACUACAAUUCGACCAGCGAUAUUACCGGCACCAGCAGACAGUCCCAUGGAGGAUGCCUCGACAGAGGUAUCCGCCAAAGGUCCAUCUUUCCAGACACUAUUCGAACAACUUCCGAAAAAGACUGUGAGCGAAUCAUCAUUCCUAUCUCAUGAUGCGUCGCAUGUCUAUCCGGAUCUGUGCCGUGCUUUUCUAGCCUCUACAUCCAAUCCUACAGACCUAGACUCUUUUGACGCGGCCCCAAUUCUCACGCGCGACUCGGCAUUAGAAAACGCGCUUUAUUUUACUUUCUACAUAAGAACUUGGUGUGGACCCUAUCCAGUUCUGGCCCGAUCAUCAGCGCUCCAGAUGGUAUCUCGUCGCUUGUCGGAUCCCAACAUUUCAAAGAUCGAUAUCCAGGCGCUAGUACCCUAUGCAAUUGCUGCCCUAGCCGACCCUGCUGCAAAGGUGCGCCGCGCUGGAGCUGAGCUUCUUGUUACCAUCAGUCAUCUUUAUCCAGAGAAUGUCGAAUCUAAGAAGGAACUAAAAACCCUCAGCCGCUGGGAACCCGAGGGCCUAUAUGGUAAGAGACAUGAGGGGGAGGAGUUGAAAUGGCUCUCCCCGGAUGUCGCCAUUCGCAUGCUAAGAGAACUACUUAUUCCUGCCUUGGAGGAGUGUGUCCUCGAUGCAAAGCAUAUCGAAUCUGUGUUCCAAAGAUCCUUGCAAAGUCCUGGACGCUCGGAGAGCCCUAAACAAUCCGACUUGUCGCGGCUUCCCCAAAGUUCCCGCGCAUCAAUUCUGUCCUUCUUGGCUUCCCACGUCGUCCAUACGCCACUAUUCUCCGUCAAGCUUAGAUUGAUCUCCUCCUUAAACCAAGUUCGCGGUGUUGCGGGCUUGACGAGAACAUCAGUUUUACUCCCAGUUCUGCAGGAAUGGUCUUCUCUGAGCCCAGCAGAAGCAUCGAAGCAUUGUAAGGAUGAGGAGAUAGACUCCGCGGAAUUCGAUGAUCAAUGCUUUAUGAUAAUUAUCCCCAGCGAUGAGGAAGGUCUCCAGUUCUUAACCAGCGUUGUGGUACGAGAUGUGGCGGCGGAUCGGCCUACGCUUUUAACAGCUGCAUUUAAGAGGUUGCGAGCUAUGUGGUCAUCACUAAAAGGAGAACUCAAGUUGAGGAUGGCUCAAAUGUUGAUGGACUCUGCUUUGUCCUCGUCAGACAAAAUGUCUGAGCAUCAUGAUCUUGCAGUGCAGACGUCCUCUGAGCUUUUAAGUAGCCUACCACUUUCGACAGACAUUCUCUUAGCUUUCAUCGAACAGCUCCCAACAGCUGCAAAACUUGCAGACCAACCCCCUGCUUCAAAACGACGAAGAACAAGCCACGGAGAAGUGGCUCGUAAUUCUAUUCAGGAUUCGAAGGAGCUCGCUGCUGCCAUUAGAAAAGUCACACUUGUUUUGCAACUCAUUGACAGUUCAAAUCCAAAAAUGCACCCCGAGCUACUAAAGGGCCUCUUCAACGUGCUGGCAGAACUUCAACAUCUCAAGACUCAAGUUAAAUCGGAGCUUGCUUAUCUACAAGGCCUUGUCCUAAGUAGCUUGCUGGCUAUCUUUCAAGGCUUCAAGUCAGAUCGUAACAUCAAGUUCGAUCGGGCAGCUGUGCGAGCAGACUUGCUCGUUGACUGUGUUCAAAAGACUUCAAGUCCACAAGUGCAGAAUGCGGCGCUUCUGCUUAUAGCUGCUCUGGCAGAUAUAGCUCCUGAGUUGGUGCUCCACAGUGUUAUGCCAAUUUUCACGUUUAUGGGUCAUUCGGUUUUGAGGCAGAAUGACGAUUACUCAGCGCAUGUUAUAGGCCAAACCAUUCGCGAGGUCAUCCCACCUCUAAUAUCGUCACUUCGAAAGGGGAAAGCAAAUAUUGUGACUGGAGCGGCUGAGCUGCUUUUAAGUUUCGUUGCUGCAUAUGAGCAUGUUCCUAACCAUCGCCGAAAAGGUCUGUUUACCUCGUUGACCCAAACCUUGGGGCCUGAGGACUUCUUAUUCGCGCUUUUAGCAAUGCUCGUGGAUAAAUACGGAUCGAAUGAAGGGAUAAAGACAUUUUCUGUGGAGUUAUCCAGCUCCUUCAGUGUUGAAACUCAACUCCUAUCAGUAGCCAAAUACUUAGACAUGGUCAAGGAUAUUCUGAAGCCCAAGCCGACAUAUUCGUCCAUUUUGUUAAAUGCGAAUGAUGAUGGGGUGCCCGAUCCUCACAAACUCGCCUUGACGGAGUUGGAAUUACUUCCAAGCAUUCUCUCGCAAAAGCGCCUCAUCAACCAAACGGGAAAGAUACUAGAGCGGGAUGAUAUGGAUGCAGCAAGGGUCCGGGAUCUGUAUUCAGGGCUGCUGGAAAACCUCUUGGGGUUGGCAGAUCUGGUGAAGAGCCAGAAACGGCUACACAGCUCCUGUGGGGAUAUACUUGAAAGCCUCUUGGGCUUGUUAUCCACCAGCGAAUUUGUCAAAUCUGUGGAAGGCUUACUGGACAGACCGAAUGAGUCCCUACGCCGAAAGAUUCUACGUUCUUUGGAAGUUCGUAUUGAUCAUGAGAGUCCCUCCGAUGCUGCCUCUAGAGCCGCAAUGCUUGGAUUUCUCCCACAACUCACAGCAAUCAUCCGGGAAUCAACCGACCUACCUUACAAACACAUUGCUGUCGCUUGCGUGGAUAAAAUAUCCGAGAAGUAUGGUAAAAAGGAUCUCGAAGCUGUUUCAGCUGCUGCAGAAACCAUUGCGAGCAGCCACUGCCUCGGCCAGUCAGACGAAUCUUUGCGGGUCAUGGCUCUCCUAUGUCUCGCCUCACUGGUGGAUAUCUUGCGGGAAGGCAUAGUCUCUGUCCUCCCCUCGGCAAUUCCUAAAGCCCUUGAAUAUAUGGAGGAAAGUUUGAAGGUGGAUUCGGAAGCUCCAAAACUUCACAAUGCUGGCUAUGCGUUUAUCAGUGCGUUGGUGCAUCAUCUACCGUACAUGAUCUCGGGUGGCUACUUAGACAGGCUUUUACAAAUAUCAAACGCAUCUGCUGUGGCCGAUCUUGAUGAUGAGGCGGAUGAGAGUAGACAGCAAUGUCUCCGCCUUGCUGCGAAACAAGUCGAUGCUAAGAGCAUGUUUGGGGCUCUGGAAAAGGAUUGGGAACUAGCCGCAGCGAAAGGCCCAUUGUCGCUCCACGAGUACAUGGAUGUCCUUACAAUUGCCAUCGACAAGCAUCCAAAGGUUGUCGUUACCAAGUAUUCUGCCAUUCUCGCCAAAAUAUUUCAGAAGGCAUUCGAUCUCCGAAGGCAAAAGACUGGAUCAGAUGAUGCGUUUACAUCGGAUACAGUCGCGGAACUAGAGGCAAAACUUAACGACGCAGCGAUCAAAAUGAUAUACAAAUUCAAUGACGCCACAUUCCGACCCAUUUUCGAGAACCUCGUUGAGUGGGCAUCAUCUUCGUUACCGAAGAAGGACAAGGCGGGCAGAACUUUGCGUUUGCAAAGCAUAUACGGCUUCAUGGCCAUGUUUUUCGACAACCUCAAGUCGAUCGUCACCAGUUACGCCAGCUAUUUACUCGACAACGCCGUGGAUGUUCUGAAAACCGUCGACCCCAAGGACGAUGAAUCGAAGACCCUGUGGUCUGCGGUCCUUCGAACAUUAACGAAAUGUUUCGAACACGAUCAAGACGAGUUCUGGCAGUCGCCAGCUCAUUUCAGUGCUAUAGCUCCUGUGUUGUGCGCCCAGUUUACUCAUGCGCCUUCGCUUCCACUCGCUGCGGAGCUUAUCCCAGCUGUUGUUGAACUGGCUGCUGCUGCAGACUCUUCAGACCAUCACAAAGAGCUUAACGGAACCAUCAUGAAGCAUUUACGGUCCGAGAUUGCCAGUGUCAGGUUAGCAGCGGUGAAGUGUGAGCAAGCUUUGACGGACCGUCUGGGUGAGGAAUGGCUAUCGAUGUUGCCUGAAAUGCUACCUUUCAUUAGCGAACUGCAAGAGGAUGAUGACGAUGUCGUAGAAAAGGAAACGCAUCGAUGGAUCAUGAAAAUUGAAGGGGUGUUGGGCGAGAGUCUUGACUCUAUGCUACAGUAG